AUGCAAUUCCUUUCAAUAUGUUUGUUGGUGUUUGGGUAUUCUUUCCUUGUGAAUUCACAAUUAGAUUCAUGCAAUUCCAGUCUCAGCUUGAAUGAGGUUGUGACCUUCAACACAACUUCUCUACGUUGCACUACUGUUUGGGACUCUCAUGGUUUCAUUGUCCGGUAUGCACGUAGUGGUAUGAACUUGUGGAGCUUCAUCCUAUCGGCGCCGAAUCCUAAUUCAUACAUUGCAAUUGGAUUCUCAACGGAUGGAAACAUGGUCGGGAGUAGUGCGAUCGUGGGGUGGAUGGGAAUAAACGGUACCGGAGUAAUCAAGCAGUAUGAUUUGAAGGGUACCAGGGAGAGUCAGGUGAGCCCUGAUCAAGGGAGCCUACAACUUGUCAAUGGUUCGAUGGCGAUCAUAUCAAGACCGUCGAUUUUGUACCUUGUCUUCCAAUUGAUCAGUGUCCAACCUCAAUCAAGGCUGAUUUAUGCGGUGGGACCCACGAAUGGAGUGCCCUCGUCGAACAACAUUUUGUCCGAGCAUCAGGAUAAGGCGUCCACGUACUUUGAUUACGUGCAAGGUAAAAGUACAAUAGAAGGUUCACAUGAUACACUGAGGAAGAGCCAUGGGAUAGUGAAUAUGUUGGGGUGGGGUAUCCUAAUCCCAAUAGGGGCCCUGAUUGCUCGCUAUUUCAAGGAGUGGGACCCAGCUUGGUUUUACGCUCACAUUUCCAUCCAAACCGUUGGUUUUAUCCUGGGAUUAGCAGGUAUCAUCACUGGGUUUAGCCUAGAUGGUAAGCUCUCCUCCGACGUUGGGCCUCACAAGGCCCUUGGGGUCUUGGUCCUCGUGAAUGGAUGCCUCCAGGUCACGGCAUUUCUGAUACGACCGGACAAGGAAUCAAAGGCACGGAUCUACUGGAAUUGGUGGCACUCCAAUGUAGGGAGAGUGUUGAUUGGGGUUGCAAUAGGGAAUGUAUUCUAUGGUAUAUCUCUCGGAGGAGGAGGAAGUUCUUGGAAUAUUGGUUAUGGGGUCGUUAUUGCAGCUUGGCUUGUUCUUGCCAUUGCUUUGGAAGUGAGAAUGUACAAGAAAAAAUGA